ACACAAGACAUGACAGCAAAAGAUUCUUCCAAGGGACUUAUUGCUUCUGAAUCUGAGGUUUGCAUAAAGACUUUCAAGGAGCAAAUGCACUUGGAACUGGAGCUUCCAAGACUACCGGGAAAUAGACCUACAUCUCCUAAAAUUUCUCCACGCAGUUCACCCAGGAACUCACCAUGCUUUUUCAGAAAGUUACUGGUGAAUAAAAGCAUUCGGCAGCGUCGCCGCUUCACUGUGGCUCAUACGUGCUUUGAUGUGGAAAAUGGCCCUUCCCCAGGUCGGAGCCCCCUGGAUCCCCAGGCCAGCUCAUCCUCUGGAUUGGUGCUUCAUGCCACCUUUCCCGGCCACAGCCAGCGCAGAGAGUCCUUCCUCUACAGGUCAGACAGCGACUAUGACUUGUCACCGAAGGCAAUGUCAAGAAACUCCUCACUUCCAAGCGAGCAACACGGCGAUGACCUGAUUGUAACACCAUUUGCCCAGGUCCUUGCCAGCUUGAGAAGUGUGAGAAACAACUUCACAAUCCUGACCAACCUUCAUGGGACAGCCAACAAGAGAUCCCCUGCUGCCAGUCAGCCUCCAGCCUCCAGAGUCAACCUACAAGAAGAAUCUUAUCAAAAAUUAGCAAUGGAAACGCUGGAGGAACUAGACUGGUGUCUAGACCAGCUUGAGACCAUACAGACCUACCGCUCUGUCAGCGAGAUGGCCUCGAACAAGUUUAAAAGAAUGCUGAACCGGGAACUGACACACCUGUCAGAGAUGAGCCGAUCAGGGAACCAGGUGUCAGAAUACAUUUCCAAUACUUUCUUAGACAAGCAGAAUGAUGUGGAGAUUCCAUCUCCAACCCAAAAAGAUAGGGAGAAAAAGAAAAAACAGCAGCUCAUGACACAGAUCAGUGGAGUGAAAAAACUGAUGCACAGCUCAAGCUUAAACAACACAAGCAUCUCACGCUUUGGAGUCAACACAGAGAAUGAAGAUCAUCUGGCCAAGGAGCUGGAGGACUUGAAUAAAUGGGGCCUUAACAUCUUCAAUGUGGCUGGAUAUUCACACAACAGGCCCCUAACAUGCAUCAUGUAUGCCAUAUUCCAGGAAAGAGACCUCCUAAAGACAUUCAAAAUCUCAUCUGACACAUUUGUGACCUACAUGAUGACUUUAGAAGACCAUUACCAUUCUGAUGUGGCGUAUCAUAACAGCCUACAUGCUGCUGAUGUAGCCCAGUCGACUCAUGUUCUUCUCUCUACGCCAGCAUUAGAUGCUGUCUUCACAGAUUUGGAAAUCCUGGCAGCCAUUUUUGCAGCUGCGAUCCAUGAUGUUGAUCAUCCUGGUGUCUCCAAUCAGUUUCUCAUCAACACAAGUGAGNNGCUUGCCUUGAUGUAUAAUGAUGAAUCUGUCUUGGAAAACCAUCACCUUGCCGUUGGCUUCAAAUUGCUACAAGAAGAGCACUGUGACAUCUUCCAGAAUCUCAGCAAAAAGCAGCGUCAGACACUUAGGAAAAUGGUCAUUGACAUGGUCUUAGCAACUGAUAUGUCCAAGCAUAUGAGCCUGUUGGCUGACCUGAAGACAAUGGUGGAAACAAAGAAAGUUACAAGUUCAGGCGUCCUUCUCCUGGAUAACUAUACUGACCGCAUACAGGUCCUUCGCAACAUGGUACACUGUGCAGACCUGAGCAAUCCCACCAAGUCAUUGGAAUUGUAUCGGCAGUGGACAGACCGCAUUAUGGAGGAAUUUUUCCAGCAGGGAGACAAAGAGCGGGAGAGGGGGAUGGAGAUUAGCCCCAUGUGUGACAAACACACAGCUUCUGUGGAAAAAUCACAGGUUGGUUUCAUUGACUACAUUGUCCAUCCACUGUGGGAGACCUGGGCAGAUCUGGUACAGCCUGAUGCCCAGGACAUUCUGGAUACCUUAGAAGAUAACAGGAACUGGUAUCAGAGCAUGAUCCCCCAGAGUCCCUCCCCUCCACUAGAUGAGAGGAACAGAGACUGCCAGGGUCUGAUGGAGAAGUUUCAGUUUGAACUGACCCUUGAAGAAGAGGAUUCAGAAGGACAGGAGAAGGAGGGUGAGGGCCACAACUAUUUCAGUAGCACAAAGACACUUUGUGUGAUUGAUCCAGAAAACAGGGAUUCGCUGGAAGAGACCGAGGUGGAGAUUGGAACAGAAGACAAGUCUCCGACUGACACAUAA